UGCGAGUUUUGCAGGGGCGCAUUCAGCCUGAAUGAAGCCAUGGUCAACUUAAAUGGAAAAGUGUGGCACCAAAAAUGCUUCGUAUGUGCUCAGUGUUUUCAACAGUUUCCUGACGGAAUUUUCUUCGAGUUUGAGGGCAGGCUGUAUUGCGCUCACGAUUUUCAGAUAUUGUUCGCGCCCUACUGUUCAUCAUGUAAGGAAUUUAUCCUGGGCCGUGUUAUAAAAGCUAUGAACACGAAUUGGCAUCCACACUGCUUCCUAUGUGCACAAUGCUCCGCCCAACUGGCCGAUGUCGGAUUCAUUAAAACCGGAAAUAGAGCCUUGUGUAAAUCUUGUAAUGAGGAAGAGAAAGCCAGAUUGGUCGGCAAGCACAUUUGCUUCAAGUGCAAGACUGUCGUAGAUGAGAAUGACUUUUUGAGGUUCAACCACGAAGUCUUUCAUGCCUACCACUUCAAAUGCCACGAUUGCGGUUGCGAAUUGACGUCAUCGGCCCGCGAAAAAGAUCACGAGUUGUAUUGCUUACGUUGCCACGACAAGAUGGGAAUUCCAAUAUGUGCGGCGUGUAGGAGACCUAUUGAAGAAAGAGCAGUGCAUGCCCUUGGAAAGAUCUGGCAUACUGAGCAUUUUGUCUGCUGCAAAUGUGAAAAACCAUUCUUCGGCAACCGACAUUACGAGAAGAGGGGCUUGGCCUAUUGUGAGACUCACUACUUCCAGGCAUUCGGCAAUACGUGCUUCUACUGCAACUCUGUCAUCACGGGAGACACUUUCACUGCUUUCAACAAGGAAUGGUGCUGCGGUCAUUUCAGCUGCUCCCUCUGUGAUCGGAAGAUGGACAAUAAAACGAAAUUCAUAGAAUUCGACUGCAAGCCUAUCUGCAAGGCCUGCUUCAAGAAGUUUCCAAGUGAAUUGGUCAAGAGGCAGAGGAAGGCUCUCCAGCAAGAACAAAAAAAUUCAAAAAAAUAACUGUCUAUGUUUUAUUUGUCUAUGUAUUAUUUGUCUAUGUAUUUAUUUUAUGUUUAUGUAUUAUUUGCUUAUGCAUUUAUUUUAUGUUUAUGUAUUUUAUCUAUGCGUUGUUUGUCUAUAUGUUAUUUGUCUAUGUAUUAUUUGUCUGGGUAUUAUUUGUCUAUGUAUUAUUUGUCUAUGUAUUACUUUUUAAAAACUUAGUUAACCCCUAAGCAGUGUUUAUGUUUCUUUUAAUUAUUUAUUAUUUUUAUAAAAUGUUUAGGUGAAAUUAAUUUUUCAUUAAU